UGAAGAGUUAAUAGGCCUGCUUAAUUCUACACCACCCACAGAACAAUACCUCUUUUAGAAGAGUUUAACGACGACGACGAUUUGUCCUUUUUUUCAAUAACUCCUCCUCCUCCACCACCAUUACUACCAACGACGUAUGCUCGACCACUCCUCUUCAAAGGUAAAUAACAUUUAUCAUUAUGUAUUAUUAUAUCACUUUUAUUAUUGUUUUUUUCAUUAAUUAUCCUCAUUUAAUAUUACUACUAUCCAAACUCAUAUUUACAUACAUACGCCUAUACUGUAUAAGUAUACACAUACAUGUAGUACCUAGAUCAUUGGUAAAUUACCUUUUCUCUGACUUAAGAACAAAUCGACUUGCGAACAGGUGUCUGGAACCAAUUGUGUUCGUAAGUUGGGGACCUAGUGUACUCACAAACUACCAACAGCUGACCCGUCUGACCUCUUUCGGGACCUAAAAGCAGCAUCAUUACCUAUGUUGCAGUUAAGUUCCAUUUGUUCUGUGGUUACCGUCGCAUUUUUCCCUCUUUGCCAUCACCGAUAGCCUUUUGUGGCGGAAGCCCAAAAGCCACUGAGCUGACGUCUUGCAAGAUUUUCUGAAUACUCACAUAAUUAUGAUUGGACUUCUGAAGUAUUUUUUUCCAGAAAAUGUGCGUCAAUUCAACAACAAACAGUAGGAUUAGUAAUUAGUAGUAAAGUUGAAGAUGGAUCAAACCGCUGAGUCAGGCUGUUGGGGUGUGCUCAAAGAGGAAAGAUUACGCUUGGACUUCAGCUCAGGUGUCAAGUGUGUCAGGUUUCUGCGCACCUGUUCUCACCUGUGCGCCACUUCCUAUGUCGCGUUUGGCAGGUGAGAUGGGAAGCGGCGCGUCGACCGUCGAGGGAUCCCGUCUGGAGCGAGCAGAGGCCGUGCAGCCUGAGCCGGUCCGGGCCUUCACGCCUGCGAGCGAGAGUCACGACACCCUGCGGGCUGAUGAAGGAGCUCAGGACGCUGCGGACAUCCUGUCUGUCACCAGCGAAGACACUCACACCAAGGAAGACGAGCAGGAAGGAGAGGUGCCGCAAAGCGUCGUGCAGCCAGUUGUGACGGAAGUGGCGGCAGAAGGAGAGGAAGUGUCUUUGAACUUUGAGAGUUUUCUUCACAACAACGGAACGCUCUACAGCUGCUUCAACCAUCAUGGGAACAGAGUGUACGUGGACGAGGCCCAGAACCUGCAGCCAUUUCCCAACGACUGGUACAACCUGGGACGCUUCAUCACCGGCAACCAUGAGGUUGCCGCCCAGCCACCGCCGCUCUCCAACAGCCAGCCGUCGGUUGCCGAGGACGACCGCACGGGAAGCAUCUUCAUCCAAGGCAAAGGAAGUGUCAUGACUUACAUGUUUGAGGAGAAAGUGAACGUGUGCAGGUUCUGGGAUCCUCAGUCGGGUGUCUGGCUUCUCUUGCCGCUCCAGUGGGAGAUGAACGUGGACUUUGUUCAGAACAGAAUCCAACAAGUCAUGUCCACCCUGCCAGGCUUGGUGGACCAGAAGGAAAUCACGGCAGCACUGCGUCAGUGUAACUACGACGCAGAGGAGGUGGUUUCCGUCUACCUCACCAUGUUUGGAGAGAUCCUCCUGCAGCCUUCAGCUGGAGGAGACCGCGGCUACAGCGACCUAAAUUCCUUCAGAGCUCUCCUGGAGAGGGAUCGGGUCAUUGAGGACCUGAAGCAGCAGCUCCAGGCCAAGGACAAGGAGAUGGACAAUCUCUUCCAGAGGAACAGCUACCAGGCGAGAGAAGCCCACUACCUCAGUGACGUGGUCCAGCACCUCAAUCACAAGGUAGCUGAGCUGGAGGCUGACCAGCAGGAAGCGCGGGAGAAGAUCCGCUCCCUUCAGAGCCGCCGAGCACCUGCGGCCCCACCGGCUAGGACCAUCAGCAAACCCGUGGUGGAUCCUGAGCGACUGCGUCAGGUGAGCCGACUGACCCGAGAGCUGAACGUGUCCAAUAAGCAGCUAGGCUCCACAGUCCGUCAAACGCUGAGCGACAUGAAGAACCACAUGCAGCAGCUGAAGGACGUUCUCAGCAAGAUGGCUCAGGUGGACCAGGAGGCGGCCGUGGAAGUGGAGGAGCUGCGUUCUCUGUACAGGAAGGAGGCGGUGGAGAGACGGAGCCUGUACAACAAGCUGUUGGAGCUGCAAGGCAACAUUCGAGUGUUUUGCCGCUGCAGGAAGAGCUCUGCCUCCAGCUCAUGUCUGGACAGGACCGACGACCAGGAAGUGGUGGUGGUCCAGAAGUCCAACAAGAAAAAGUUCCACUUUGACAAGGUCUACGCUCCCAGCAGCACUCAGGAGGACGUGUUUGCAGGAACCGUACCCCUCAUCACUUCCUGCGCAGAUGGAUACAACGUGUGCAUCCUGGCGUACGGUCAGACGGGCUCGGGCAAGACUUUCACCAUGAUGGGCACCAAGCAGAACCCUGGAGUCAACAUCAGGUCCAUAAGGGAACUGCUACGUGUCUGUGCCGAGAAAGAUAAAGUGUCCUACGUUCUGAAGAUUUCCAUGCUGGAGAUUUACAAUGACACUCUCAACGACCUGCUGGCCAAAACUCCUGGUGCCGCCUUGGACAUCCGAGUCCAAGGGAAGUCUGUGUCCGUCCCAGGACUGACCCAGGUGCAGGUGCGGACUGAGGCGGAUAUCCUCAGUGUUAUGGAGACGGGAGAGAAGAACAGAAAGAUGGCCUCCACCAAGAUGAACAUACACAGUUCCCGCUCUCACCUGCUGGUGGCUCUGGAGGUGGAGGGCUCAGAUGAGGUGUCCGGGCUGACCACUAGAGGAACGCUGACCCUGGGUGACCUGGCCGGAUCUGAGCGCAUCUCCAGAACCGAGGCUGAGGGUCAGAGGCUGGUGGAGGCGGCCGCCAUCAACAAGUCGUUGACGGCACUGGGACAGGUGUUUGCGGCGCUUAAGUGUAACGCCCUUCACGUGCCCUUCAGGAACUGCAAACUCACGCACCUGCUGCAGCCCAGCCUCAGUGGAGACGCCAAGUGCUGCGUGUUUGUCAACGUGAGUCCAGAUGCAAAGGACGUGGUGGAGACGCUGAGCACGCUCCACUUUGGCGCUGCCAUCCGUCACGUCUCCCUGGGUAAAGCAACGCAGAACUUGGUGCCGGCUAAAGGCAACAAGACGGCAAAGUCGGCGACGCAGUAGCAGAAGGGUUUUGCUCUGCUACCAACUUCUGCUCCUCAGUGAUGUUGUUGUGGAGUGACUGAUUUGUAUUUGAUCAUAGACUACUCUACUGUAUGCAUUUGUAAACAAUAUUACAUAUAUAGAGAUAUUUGGUCAUUGUUUUCACCAAUCAAUGAUAUUUCAUGAAAAUAAUGAUGCCGCUUUG